ACCGUUUUUACCUGGAAGUUGAGUAUUCCACCAAAAUGUAUUUUUAGACAUGGCUUAUUUUCGAGUUUUGAUGCAUUUACUGCAACCGGAAGUAGUCAAAUCCUAAAAUUACUGUUUCCCGCGCGUUGCCCUGUCCGCGGCGCGGAAUCGUUCAAUUCAAAUUGUUCGUUGCCGAUAAAUGCAAUAUUGCUGAUAACGUUGUUAUCGUGAGAUUUUUUUGUGUCGCGGAAACAGUUUAAACGCGAUUUGUGGUGGAAUUGACUGGCGUGGUUUCCAGUUUACGGUUCGCUUUUCAAACUUUGCUUACAUUUUAAUUACAACACAAUAGAACUGCGCUACUCUUAUGUUACUGUAGGUUAGUUUGCUUUUAGUAUUACGCUCGUUCGUUUACUUUCACUUUUCUAUCGCUCGGUGGGCGCGAACAAUUGUUCAGAUAAUGUGUUUUCAGAUAAGUGAAGUAAUGAUAGCGUUUCGCGCAAUUUAAAUUGUUACACUUACAAUGAGAAGUGCACCAAAGUGCAUUUAGAAUUGUAACAAGCAAAUGCAGGUGUGUUAAACGCGUGGGACCUACAUGAAUAUUGUGCUACAGAUGUCUAAUUGUUAAUGUGAAGUGCAGGUGAAUCUUCAAUCAUGGAUGAAGACGAUGGUGCGGUUCGAGUGGCUGUCAGGAUUCGACCUCAAAUACCACGUGAAAUAAUAGAUAUGUGCCAUGUAUGUACCGCAGUUACUCCCAAUGAACCUCAAGUCACUCUGGGCUCAGAUAGAUCUUUCACCUAUGACUAUGUAUUUGAUACCCCCGAUAAUCAAGAUAAUGUUUAUGAUACCUGCGUGGCCUCAUUAGUAGAUUCUUCAUUGGAAGGGUACAAUGCAACGGUUUUGGCAUAUGGACAAACAGGGUCUGGUAAAACUUAUACGAUGGGGUCCGGUUUUGAUGUUGAAUUGCCUCCAGAGCAAGUUGGCAUUAUCCCAAGAGCAAUUGACCAUCUUUUUUAUGGUAUCAGUUCACGUAUUGAAGCUGCUCAGGCAACUGGUACCUUUGUACCUGAAUUUAAAGUUAUGGCACAGUUUAUGGAGUUAUAUAACGAAGAAGUGAUCGAUCUUUUUAAUCCAAUUUAUAAUAAAGACAAAGUUUACAAAAUUCAUGAAGAUCUCUCUGGUGGAAUCAAUAUAAAGGGUAUUAGUUUAAAAACUGUAGGAUCUGCGGAAGAAGCACUUCAAUGCCUCAGAGUAGGUGCUUUAUCACGUACAACUGCUAGUACGCAAAUGAAUACACAAUCUAGUCGCUCUCAUGCCAUAUUUACUCUACAUAUAAAACAACAACGUCUUGUACAAGAUGACGAUGGUGCUGGUAACGAAAUUGAAACACUAUCCGCCAAAUUCCACUUUGUAGACUUGGCCGGAUCGGAAAGGUUGAAGAGAACGGGUGCGACAGGCGAGCGGGCCAAAGAAGGAAUAUCGAUAAACUGCGGCUUGUUGGCACUUGGAAAUGUGAUUUCAGCUUUAGGAGAUAAAAGUAAAAAAGCGUUGCACGUCCCUUAUAGGGAUUCUAAGUUAACUAGAUUACUACAAGAUAGUUUAGGAGGUAAUAGUAAAACUGUGAUGAUAGCAUGUGUUAGUCCCAGUGAUAGAGACUUCAUGGAAACGUUAAAUACAUUAAAAUACGCGAAUCGUGCGAGGAAUAUUAAAAAUAAAGUGUCUAUUAAUCAAGACAAAAGUUCUAGAACUAUUGCACAAUUACGACAACAAAUUACACAGUUACAGUUAGAAUUAACAGAGUACAAACAAGGCAAGCGUGUGAUUGGCAUUGAUGGCAAUGAAAUUGUUAACGAUAUGUUUUAUGAAAACACCAUGCUUCAAAAUGAAUUAAAUCAUCUACGUACACGAGUUAAAGCAAUGCAGGAAACAAUAGAUUCACUCACAUCUAAAAAUACGCAACUGUUAGCUGAGAAGGCGACAGGGAAUUGGAUUAGUUCAGGUGGUGAUAACCAUGUUGCCGAUAUGGUACAAACGUACUUGAAGGAAAUUGAAGAUUUGCAGGCGAAACUAAUGGAAUCGAAUUACACCUGCGAAGGUUUGCGUAAACAACUUUCCAAAGGCCACCAGGAAACUACAGUCCGCGCACCAUCAGUUAUUAUGGAUAUUUCCUUUGGUGAAAUUCCUGCGGUUUUGGAGGAAGCUAAAAGGGAUUUGCAAAGGGAUAAACUGCUGUUGCAAAAAAAUAAAACUAAUUCGGAAAUUGAUCUGGACAGCAGCGAUGGCAGCGACGGUGAGCUCGACAGUGACAGCGAAGAGAAAGAUUUUGAUUCCGCUUUAAACGACCAGCUUUUGACGCUAACGACCGACAUUGACAUGAAGCAAAAAUUAAUUGACGAACUAGAACUGUCACAAAGAAGAAUGCAAACCAUGAAACAACAUUACGAAGAUAAAUUGAUGCAACUGCAAACACGCAUCCGUAACACCCAAGAAGAAAGGGACAAGGUGUUGCAGUCUUACUCUACCAGUUCUGUAAAGGACGAUAAAGUUAAGAGGGUUAAAGAUGAAUAUACACGAAAACUGUCGGACAUGCAAAAAGAAUUAAAAAGAUUACAAACUGCUCAAAAGGAACACGCUCGAUUACUUCGAUCCCAAAAUGAUAAAGAAAAUCAACUUCAAUGUUUUAAGAACGAAUUAUCAGAUAUGAAGAAGGCCAAGGUGAAGUUGAUUAACAAAAUGAAGGAAGAAUCUCAACGCCACAAAGAAUCUGAGAUGCGCAGGGUACGCGAAAUCGCCCAGUUGAAGAAAGAGGGUAGGAAAAAUGCCAAUAUGAUCAAAACGAUGGAGGCGGAACGUCGAAUUAAGGAUCAAGUCCUGAAGCGUAAGCAGGAGGAAGUUUCCUUGUUAAGAAAAAAUCAAAUGAAUAGACUUAGUGUUAAAGCGUCGGGGAGAAUUAAGUCGAAUUCGUUUUCUGAGAAGAGUGCCAAGCAAAAGUGGUUGAAAGUUGAGAAGUGUAUUAACAAUAUAGCCAUUAGUAAAAGGGGAAUUGUUGAGCAAGAAGUUCGUAUGGAACAUUUCUUGGAAAAACGAGAAGCGUUAGGAAAAGAACUAGAGUUAUUACAAGCACGUAGAAAACAAGCCGUUGAAAAGCAUCAAGACACUUUGCAAUUAGAUAGUCUGAUAGAAGAUAUUAGAGAAAAUAUUAAUUACGUUCAGGAAACAAUUAGCGAAACACAACACAAUGUAAUGGAAAUUGAAGAAACUCAGGAUAAUAACGAAUCUAACGAUAUUCAGCAAAUUGUCGAUACCAUGAUGGAAGUAAAUGAAGCAAAAUAUCUGAUCAAAAAACUGUUCGGUAUGAUUUUCAAUCAAAACCACAUUGUUGCGCAGAGGGAUGCCAAACUGAAGGAAUGUGACGCCACCCUGGCCGAGUUAAGGCAAGAAAAUGCUGUAAAAGGCCAGUUGUUAGAUCACGUUUUACAUACAGAACAUCCCGUUUUUGCCCGAGAGUUAAUCACUAGCAUUUCCAGUAAUGCAAAUGAGCCAACUAGCUCUAAUUCCAGUAGAUCAGGCUCACCAAUCGAAAUGUUUAAUAUGGAGACCUCGCAAAGUAGCAAAUCCAAAGUUCGUCAACGAACUGCCGCUCCAUCGGAGUUAUUGUUUGGACUAAAAGCUGAUACUGAUGACAUAUCCAAAUCUCAAGAUUCUAAUCUGUUACAUGAAAAUUCCAUUUAUAGGAUUCCAAGUAUUUCCGGAACUCUUAAGGCUAAAUUCAUAAAACUGAAAAAUAGGAAGAUGCAUGCAGCUAAUAAUAAUAAUAACAUGUGGAUUGAUGCGGACUUCUUCUUUUUGAGGUCUUUUGAUCACAUUAUAAGUAUUCACUUUGUUGUUAUUUGUACAGAAAUAUUGUUAAUUCUUUUAGUAUUUUUGUUGAUAUUCCUGUUAUUAAUAUUAUGACUAACUAUUUAUUUCUAAAUGUAGUAAUCAAUUUAAAGACUUAAUACAAUUAAUAUUGACUG